AUGGCGACGCAGAAUCCCUCUGAGAUUGCACAGCUUGUGCGCGACCUGGAGGAUGCCCGCAAGCAGAACAAGGGCGAGAAGAAGCGGAGCUACACAUGCAAAAAGCACACCUUCGAUGUCGCGGGCGCUAAGGGUGUCACGGUGGACUCAUGGAAGUUUAUGGACUGGGAUUACAAGCGCAAUGAUCUACCUACAUAUGCCCGUGGCCUUUUCACCACGCGACGGAAAGACAACAUCCCCGAGAUCGCGGUGCGCGGCUACGACAAGUUCUUCAAUAUCGACGAGACCAACGAUACCCAGUGGCGGAAUAUCGAGAACAAGACCCGGGGUCCAUAUGAACUGAGUGUCAAGGAGAAUGGCUGUAUUAUCUUCAUCUCUGCUCUUGAGGACGACAAAUUGUUAGUCUGCAGCAAGCACUCCACGGGCGUCCGCGCCGACACCAAUUUGAGCCACGCGCAGGCCGGUGAGCGGUGGGUGGAACGUCACGUCGCAACAGUUGGAAAGUCCUCCAAGGAGCUUGCCCGGACAUUGCGCCAGAUGAAUGUCACAGCGGUUGGAGAGCUUUGCGAUGACAACUUCGAGGAGCAUGUCUUGGCCUACGACGAAGCAGCUGCCGGCAUCUACAUCCACGGCCUGAACUACAACCAGCCCGAGUUUGCCACCAUGUCUGGAGACAAGGUCCACGAGUUUGCAGAUACAUGGGGUUUCAAGAAGGCCAAGUUUGUGGUGUACGACGACAUCGAGUCUGUGAAGAAGUUCCUCGAGGGCUGUGCGGAAACUGGCACAUGGGAUGGCCGCGAGACUGAAGGAUUCGUGAUUCGCUGCCAGAUUAGUGACCGUGAUAGCGGCUACAGGGACUGGUUUUUCAAGUACAAGUUCGAGGAACCAUACUUGAUGUACCGGCAGUGGCGUGAAUGUACCAAAGCAGUUAUCUCCGGGAAGCUGCCGAAGAUCAAGAAGCAUCAUAAGAUCACCGAGGAAUAUCUCCAGUUUGCACGAAGGGAGUUCAUCAAGAACCCUAAGCUCACACAGGAGUACAAUCACAACCAUGGAAUCAUCUCUCUACGGGAGAAGUUCUUGCAGGAGCGAGGCUUGAAGGGCUCUGAGAUUAUUGCCAUGGAGGAAGCGGGCGACAAAUCUAAAGAAGCCACCAACAACAUUGUCAUCGCUCCCAUCGCUUCUUUGGGAUGUGGAAAGACUACCAUUGCUCUUGCUCUGGUGCAUCUCUUCAAAUGGGCCCAUAUUCAGAACGACAACAUCCCCAAGCAGAAAGGCAAGCCGAAGCAGUUUGCCUUUGAGAUCACCCAGGCCAUGGCUACGAAUCCCGUCGUGAUCGCAGACCGCAACAGCCACCAGCGUCGGGAGCGAAAGCAGCUCAUGGAGGAUAUCUUCCCCGUUGUUCCCGAUACUCAGUUCGUUGCCUUGCACUACGUCCACGAGCCCAAAGCCGAGCUCCUCCCUGCAAUCAAGGAAGUUACCCGGAAGCGAGUCCUUGACCGCGGUGACAACCACCAGACUAUUCGUGCUGGUAGCAAGAAUCGGGGAGAGGUUGUCGGCAUCAUGGACGGAUUCCUGGCUCGCUUUGAGGGCGUCGAUGUUGACCGGGACCCCGAUAUGCACUUCCAGCACGUCAUCGACCUCGACGUGUGUGCCUCUUCUCGCGAGAACCUUGAAACCGUCGUGACUGCUCUGCAUGCCGCAUACCCUCGCCUCAUCCCCACCAUGCCUUCUCCCGAAGAACUAGACGCCGCCAUCGAUGCUGCUAUCGAAAACUACGAGGUCAAGGACGAUCUCAGCAAAGGCUACAGCAAACCGAGCCAGAAGAAACAGAAGAACGCCUCCGUCCCUGUAGUCACGCAGAAAUCAACCGCAGUGACAACUCCCGCCGUCCUUGCCCGCAAGAUCGAAUACUUCAGCAUCUCCGUGCCAACAUCCGAAAUCACAUCCACCCUCAAAUCCCUCUUCACCAACACAUCUCCCGAAACAGCCCGCAUGUACCACCAUCUCCACAACUCCCGCCGCAUCCAGCCCGCCUUCCACGUCACCCUCAUUCACCGCGCUGCAUCCAAAGACCGCACCGAGAUUUGGGACCACUACGUGAAGCAGUACGUCGACGUACUAACCGCCAAUCCCGUGGCUGACCCCGUCGCCACUCCACCCAAACUCAGCCCUGCGCGCGUUCGCCUCGAGCGACUCGUCUGGGAUAACAGGAUCAUGGCCUUUGUCGUGCGCAUUUUGCCCGCCGAAGGCGAGACUGAAGGUGCCGUAGAAUCGACCUUCCCGUGCGCGAAUGCGAUCUCGCAUAUCACCGUUGGCACGGCUGCGCCGGAUGUCAAGCCCAAGGAGAGCAAUGAUUUGCUGCAGCGGUGGCAUGAGGUUGGGUCUGGUGGGGAGACGGGCAUUUUCGAGGCAGAGGUUCCUGGCGUUAAGCUUAUUGAUGGAAUGGUUGGUGUUGUUAUGAUGCGGGGGAAGUAUUGA